UCUCCUCUCCCUCCUCUUCCUCACUCUUCCUCCUCUUCCUCCUCUUCCUCCUCCUCCCCUCCCCCUCCUCUUCCUCUUCCUCACUCUUCCUCCCUCCCUCAGAGGAAGCAGGUGGAGUUGGGCGAUAGGUUGGACCUCUCCUCGUACCUGCUGAAGCCGAUCCAGAGGAUGAGUAAAUACGCUCUUCUCCUCACUGAUCUCAUGAAGGAAGUGGGCGGGGCUCAGGAGGCGGAGCAUGUCGCCCUGCAGGCCGCCACCAGCAUGGUGAAGUUCCAGCUUCGCCACGGCAACGACCUCUUGGCCAUGGACGCCAUCCGAGACUGUGAUGUAAGUCUGAACCCCGUCCUCUUCACGUGAACCUUAGACACAGGACUCCCCCUCUGACUCCGCCCCCUUUCUCUCCGUCCAGGUGAACCUGAAGGAGCAGGGUCAGCUGAUCCGUCAGGACGAGUUCACGGUCUGGACAGGAAGGAGGAAAUGUCAACGCCACAUCUUCCUGUUCGAGGAACUCGUCCUUUUCAGUAAACCCAAGAAGAUGGAGGGAGGGCUGGACGUGUUCAUCUACAAACACUCCUUCAAAGUAAAACACUCCUUCAAAAUAAAACAUCCUUCAUCUACAAACACUCCUUCAAAGUAAAAGACUCCUUCAAAAUAAAACAUCCUUCAAAAUAAAACACUCCUUCAAAGUAAAAGACUGCUUCAAAAUAAAACAUCCUUCAAAAUAAAACACUCCUUCAAAGUAAAACACCCUUUCAAAAUAAAAAGCUUCAUCUACAAACACUGCUUGAAAGUAAAACACCCUUUCAAAAUAAAACAUCCUUCAUCUACAAACACUCCUUCAAAGUAAAAGACUCCUUCAAAAUAAAACACAUCCUCAUCUACAAACACUCCUUCAAAGUAAAAGACUCCUUCAAAAUAAAACACUCCUUCAAAGUAAAACACUCCCUCAAAAUAAAACAUCCUUUAUCUACAACCUCUUCUUCAAAGUUAAACAGCCCUUCAAAAUAAAACACUCAGUCAAAGUAAAAGACUCCUUCAAAAUAAGACACACCUUCAUCUACAAACACUCCUUCAAAGUACAAGACUCCUUCAAAAUAAAACACUCAGUCAAAGUAAAAGACUCCUUCAAAAUAAGACACACCUUCAUCUACAAACACUCCUUCAAAGUAAAAGAUUUCUUUAAAAUAAAACAGUCCUUCAAAAUAAAACACUGGUUUUAAAAACAUUUUUUAGAUUUCUCUCUGACUCUGAGUUUCUGAUUCUUCUCCAGACGGCCGAUGUGGGUCUGACCGAGUCCACGGGAGAUAACGGGCUCCGCUUUGAGAUCUGGUUCAGGAGGAGGACUUCGAAGAACCAGACCUUUACCCUGCAGGCCGGCUCCGCUGAGGUCAAGCACGCCUGGACCAGCGACAUCGCCCGGAUCCUGUGGACCCAGGCCACCAAGAAUAAAGGUAGAGACGCAGCUCCUCUUCCUCCUCCUCCUCUCCUCCUCCUCUUCCUCCUCUUCUUCUCCUGACGUCUCCUCUCGUUUUUGCGUCUCAGAAAUGCGUCUGAAGGAGAUGGUGUCGAUGGGCGUGGGAAACAAACCGUUUCUGGACAUCCAGCCGAGCGACGCCGCCAUCAGUGACCGCGCCGUUCACUACAUCAUGAAGAGCAGAGGUCACACACACACACACACACAGACUUUUCAAAAUAAAAGCCUCAUUUCACUGAAGUGUAUCUGAACUGAUCGGAACAAUAAGAAUCAUUCAUGUGUUCAUCAUUCAUGUGUUCAUCAUCACUCAGGGGCCAGAACUCGAGCUUCCAUCGCCGUCUCUGUCUUCGAUCACUCCAACCCUUUCAAACGAGGAGUGGCGAGCUCGGACCCCGGCGCCUCUGGACCCUCUUCAACCAGCCUGCUGGGGCCGCUGAACCUGCACAUGUACAGGUACGACACACACACACACACACACACACACACUGACAUGAUUUAAAACCAUCAGUUGUUCUUCAUCUCCUCUCCUCCUCCUCCUCAGUCAAACCCUCUCCUCCUCUCCUGCUGCUGAAAGCUCCUUCAUCACCUCCUGCAUCGAGGAAGACGAGCAGGAACAUGAGACGAGCAGCCAGCCCUCCAUGAGUACGUAGAGAUCCACCGUGACCUUAUUUCUGUUCGUCUGUUGAGAGUCCGUGUGAAAAUCUGUGAAACCUUGUCGUCCUCUCAGCCACAGAGAGUUCAGGCUCAUCGUCUCGCUGUCUCUCAGGCUCCACCGGCUCCGACAGCGGCUGCGUCUCCUCCCACCUCCAGGAGGCGCUACCAGAGGAGCCGAGCCCCACCAGCCAGCCCUCCUUCUCCUCGUCGUCGUCCUCCUGCUCCUCCUCCAACAAACAGCACCUCAACAGCCAGUACAUUUCACCUGUGAGUCUGAGAGAGACGUAGAUCGUGGUCGUCCCGCCUCAUGAGUCCUGGUGUUAACCUUCUGUCUGUUUGUCCGUCUGCAGAAAUCAGCUCCGGUCAUCAGCCCCGCCACCAUCGUCUGAGUCAGCUGACCCCGCAGACUUGUAGGUGAACGCCGCCUCGCUCUGAAACAUCUCCAGUAUUUACUUCAGUGGUUAUUUACGACAGGUCUGAUGUUUCUCCUCAGGUGUUUCUGCUGCAGUUUGGAGCUCCCUCGCCGUUCUGAAGCGGCCCGCUCUGAUGGCGUCUGAUGUUUGGAAGAGUCGUGUUCGUGUUGUUGAGCUCCAGUAGAGUUUGUUCUGUAAAUACUGACCCUUAGAGUUUAUUAAAUCGCUUCUCUGUCUGUAGUUUGACUCCUCACAGCUGUUUUCUGUCGUCUCCUCUCCUCGCGCUGAUUCGGCGUCGGUUUGUCCCUGUGGCUGUGAGGAGGUCAGGUUUGUGUCUGAUCUGAUCCAGGAUCAGCUGCUGGAGUUCCUGUACAUGUGUGUAAAUAAACCCACAGCUGAGUGUCCGCUGUCACUUUUCUUACUUGAAUAAUAAACAUGAGUUUGUUUCAAACGGA